AUGCCCAAGUCUAUGAGAAUGCUUAUAAUGACGCAUGUGAGAUCCGACUACAACAGCGGCUACCUCGAGACCCUCGGCUUUCUCACCGAAGUCGGUGAGGUCUCCCGCGGACAGCUUGAAGAGUGUUUUGAUCAAAUGGCACAGCGGAAGGACACAUACUACAAUGUCGUGAUUGAAGACACCACGACCAAAAAGGUCGUUGCUACGGGGACCGUGGUUGUCGAACUUAAGUUCAUUCACGGCAUCAGCAAGGCCGCCCAUCUUGAAGACGUUGUGGUAGCCGAGGAAUACCAGAAGAUGGGCCUUGGCUUGCAUAUUCACAGGGCUAGAGACUUCAUCGUGAUGAAGACCGGCUGCUACAAAGGAGUGCUGGACUGCUGUGACUACAACGUCGGCUUUCAUAAGAAGGCCGGCUACGAGGAGUGUGCUCUUAACAAGAUGGAGCACAACGUCGACGAGCACCAGUUGGAUGACCCUGCGAUUGCCGACAGCCUAUUCAAUACGCAGGCUGUUAAGCGGUUCCAAGAUCUUAUCAUUGCCUGGAGAAAAUAUAACGAUGGCCGGCCUAACUUCAAGGUCGAUGGAGAAAAGUCUCUCGAUACAGUUGCAGAAACCUUCAAACUUGGUCUGAAACUCGACCAAGCCUCAGCGAUUCGAGUCCUACUUUCCUAUUUAAGCUUCAUACAGGCCGACGAACAGCUCACCAAUCUAACGCCAAGCAGGCGGAAGACCCGACCUGAACCUUUGCUUCGGCAGGCCUACGCAGCUCUCAAAUUGAGGCCGGAUGAACUCAAAUUUUCCUCUUUUCAAAGUCGCCUAUCUAGAGCCCGUUCACUUAACAGCCUCAAGGGUCUCAUUGCCUUUCUCCCAUUUACCGAACGUGGCAAAGUCGGUGUUCGGCGUUUCGAAAGUUCAAAUCCUUCGCUUCAGUCUUAUAUUGAAGCCCACACUCAUUACCAGGAACUUUUGCAAGCGGGAAACGAAUUUAUCGACUCGAUUCUAUUAAAUGUUGAACUUCCUAAAAGAAUUUGGGAAGACCACUCUUUCGGACAGGAUUUACCCUUAGAGAAUCAAAUCCGACUACUCAGAGUCAAGGCUCCAGAUCUGCCCUCUGAAUAUGAGCUGGACGAGCAUGGACACAUCGUCACCGUCCAGCCCAUCAUCCCGCCCACGCCACCACCAGGACCAACUCCGCCUUUGGCCACAGAUGGCCAUGCCAGCACCGGUAACUGUGCAAAUGGUGGGUCAUCCCGCCAACAAUCCAGGUCGACCCCAGACGAGCCGAAGCGCAAAACUCCAUUACCCUCUUCUCCACCUUCGGUUACAGCAUCAAGCGGCCAUGUCGGCACUGGCGCCUACACGACCGGAUCGACGGCAUCACAACAUUCGCUGUCCCCUCCUCUUCUCCCGUCGCCGCCGCCGUCUGAAUUUCGGCCAUCCAAAAGAGGAGCCCAAUUGAUCCCUAAGUCAGCUUUCGGAUACCGGCAGACAGAUACCAAUGCUCUCAAAUCGACAUCCGCAAACCCCCACUCGAAUGGCAGAAAUCCGUUACACUCCGCCGGACGAACCUCGGCAGCUUCCUCUGGCGGAGACGCCACCAUCGAACAGAUAUCACCAUCGAAAGCCCCCUCUCGCGAUGGCGUGGCCGGAACGAAUACCGGUGUCUCGACUGCCGACUCCAGCUUCAGCCAGAAGCGACCGUCCAGCCUAGGCUCGUCGGCGAAGAAGCAGAAACUAAGUCAUUCAGAAACAUCAAUCUCCGUGGUAAAGAUAUCCCCCUGGCUAAAUGAUGCACUAUCACCGUCGUCCAUGGCCCGACUUAAACCAGGUCAACAGCUUAACGAUGCCAUAGUCAACGCAUAUAUGCUCAUUUUAGCCCAGCGACAUGGGACUUGUUUUGUUAACAGUCACUUCCUCAAUCGCCACUUGACGUCCGUAUGGAAGGCCGAACAUGGGGAUCCCUUGGACACUGACCUGGCCUUGAUGCCUGUCGAAGAGAAUUACCACUGGUACCUUCUGGCCAUGUACAAGCGACCUCCUAGCACUAAAGCCUCUGCUCAAGACGAUCGGGUUAUCUGUUUUCUCGACUCUUUGCCAUCCUCACGGUCGUAUGACUCUGCUUUCACCCAAUGGGAAAAGCAUCUCAAGUCUCUCGGGAACUGUGGAUAUAUACAUAGAAAAUCGGUCAAAGUCCCUCGGCAAGAUAACAGGGUUGACUGCGGAGUCUUCAACCUUGCGUUCGCCCAAAAGAUCCUCGAGAAUCCUCAGCAGUUCGCUGAUGCUGUUGAAAAAGGGACAGCCCUGGACUGGGAGAUCAACGCCGACAUAUUUCGCGAGUCCAUACGAGCUACCCUCAUAUCAGCAAACAACGGCUCCACGCCUCUUGUUCCUCCAACCGAGACUGUGGAAGGCGACGAUCUGUUUAUGGACAGCGUGGAGGUAGGCUCCGCCUGCCUUGCCACUAAUCCUCUUGUGUGGAGGCCAGCCACGAUCGCGCCCUCUGCCACGGACAGAGACGCCGUAGCAAACUAUAUGACAGUUGAUGAUGAGACCUUACAGGACUACAUCGAGCUCACUGAGGCGGCCAGCAACGAGACAGACCCGGGGAACCGAACUAUCACCGCACCGGCGGUCGGCAGGCCCACUGCUCUUAGUAAUGCCACAAACAGGGUCGUGGAAGGCGAGGAUGACAUCAUGCUUGACGCUGGACGCGACGUCGGGAAUCCGGGUGCGGCUUCGGUCUGCCACGACCCAGACCUUCAUUUGACCGAUAACACUCCAGGUAAUGAUGGCGUGUUCGAGGCCGCGCAUGACGAUAUCCGUGAUAAUGAGACGACACCGAUAGACACGCCUGGUUCUGCACUAUCUCGAACAAGAGCUUUCGCGCAGGAGCUUGACAUUGUAUUAACAAAGGACGAUGAAGGUAUAGGGAUGAUUGAAGAGGCAAAGGUGGAAGAUUGA